AAGAAGAGGAAAGCGGACACAUACGAUGGCAGCCAUUAGAAAGAAGCUGGUGAUUGUGGGGGAUGGAGCGUGCGGGAAGACCUGUCUGCUCAUCGUCUUCAGUAAAGACCAGUUCCCCGAGGUCUACGUGCCCACCGUGUUUGAGAACUACGUGGCCGACAUCGAGGUGGACAGCAAACAGGUGGAGCUGGCGUUAUGGGACACUGCAGGUCAGGAGGACUAUGACAGGCUGAGGCCUCUCUCCUAUCCGGACACAGAUGUCAUCCUCAUGUGCUUUUCCGUAGACAGCCCCGACAGCUUAGAGAACAUUCCAGAGAAGUGGACCCCUGAGGUGAAACACUUCUGCCCCAACGUUCCCAUCAUCCUCGUGGGCAACAAGAAGGAUCUGCGCAACGACGAGCACACGAGGCGGGAACUUGCCAAAAUGAAACAGGAGCCUGUGAAGCCAGAGGAAGGCCGGGACAUGGCGAACCGCAUCAGUGCCUAUGGUUACCAAGAGUGCUCUGCUAAAACCAAAGAUGGCGUGAGGGAAGUGUUUGAGAUGGCCACCAGGGCGGCGCUGCAGGCCAAGAAGCGCAGCAGGAAGAGCGGCUGUCUGCUCCUAUAAGCUCUGGCUGGGAAGCUGUCCUCAAGCACAGAUCUCGGACAGCUUCGUCCCUCUGCCCUUUUCUAGAGGCUUGGGGUUUGAGGGGGAAUGGGGAGAGUGGUUAGAGCCAGGAACAGGUGCAGGACUGCCCAAUUCCAAAUCGUCCCCUCGUCCUCUUGAACACUCCUGUAGAUCUGCAAAGAUUAGAUUGGCAUCCACAUUAUAGCUGUAAGUCCUCCUUUUCGACACAGCGUUAACAUCUCUCAAUUCCCUUCAGGUGUAAAGUUACGUAAGCUAGGGACAAAUGGUUGAAUUGGAAUUGGGCCAGGACGUAUAAUAUAGAACUGUGUCAAGCAGAAAAUGAAGACACAAGUGAUCCCUGCCGGGCCAAAGGUUCAUACAUGAGGGGGAGGGGGGGACAUGGAAUUGGUAAAUUUGAGAGAUAGACAAAGACAAUGUCAAGGCUAUAAUACAGGUUAGAUGGGUAAAAUAAAGGCCAUAUCUAAGUGAUCUUAUAUAGCCUAAACGUUGUGCCUUCAGAACAGUGGCUUGGAAGAGCCUGGAACAGGGAGGGGGGAGGGGGGGAGGUGGGUCAAGAGUCUGUGUCGCGGGGCGUGUCGGGGGGGGGGGAUACGGGGGGGGUGGACUCUUCUGCUGUCAUCACAGAUCUUUAGGUGUUUCCCUUUGCGUAUGUGCCACUUCAGUGAAUCCUGUCUCAUCAUUGGCUCAGUUUCCUCAGGCCCCAUGUACUGAACUCAGGCACUGUGCUCAGUUUGUCUAUAGACCAGAUUGUACGGAGGUGUGUUCCCCCACAACAAAAUAACCCGCUUGAGAUUCUUAGUGCUGUACGUGUGCCUAUAUUUUGUAACUCCAGCGUGUGUCUGUUUGAGAGAGAGUCUGCAUGUUCGUCCAUGUGGAUGCAUGUGUGUUUUAGUGUAUGUUUGUAUCCAUGAUAUCCAUGUGUUUUUUUGUUGUUGUUGUGAUACACUUGAUUGUCCAUGUACUGUACACACACACACACACACAACCUAUUUUGUCUCCCAGACCCUGGCCCCAUGCCAAAGCCCCCCUUUACACAGCCACAGUCUGGCAUAGGGCUCAAACGGGUAACAAGACUCAACCACAUAGUGAAUUUGUCAUCUUCAAAGCAUUUUCUUUUGCUUGUUGCAAGUUAACAUUGAGAAUCCUUUCCCCCCCGCCUUUAUUUUUUAUUUUUAAGUUGACUGUAUUGUGUAAAGGUUUUGCAAUGCAUUUUGAUCAGGUGAGUCUAUAUGUGGGGUGAGUGGGCGAAGUUGAGGAGGUGAUAGUAUCUGGUGUCACAUCUCCACAGGCUUGUAUUAAAGUGCCUGUGCUGUAAGGCAGGGUUAGUAAAGAGAUAAGCUAAUGUUAUUAAACAUGAGCUUACUCCGAUUUUCCCUUCAAUGUAUUAAUAUUGUUGUUAUUAUUGUUACAGUUGUCAUUGCCAUCAUACUUUCUCAGUAUAUUUUAACCCUCUAUAAAAUCCUGCUGUUCUGUGAACUUUUUCUGCGUUGAAAUCAUUGCUUUUCAAAAAGUCGAAUUAGUGAGGAAUAAGAAACAGUAACUGUGUGAUUAAAGUGGGUAAAAGUCUGGGGGACUCUGGGCUGUCAUAUAUUUUUUUUUGUACUGUGACAUUUCUUGAGUCUUUUCAAAUAAAGCUGGCUUUCUGGUU